AACUGAAUAAUACUUGUCGGUCUAAUCCUAUUGGUGAACCGCUUUGGCGUAAAAAGUGAUAACGAAUUUGAAGAAAUGGUAAAUUGUACCGGUGCCGGUUUGAGUUCUGUAUAAACUGUGGCGUUCGGUUUAGUUUGAUUAUUGUCUAUUCCGUUCAGUAUUGAAGAAGUAGCUGAACAAGAUGCGCGUUUUGUUGUUUUAUUUGUUAGCGGGGACGUUUGCGGCGUUUUGCGCUGCCGAGAAAUUGGUGGUUUGCAAUUACGAGGCCAAAGCUCAUUUAAGACAAGGCCAAGGUCAAUUUUCGAUACCCGACUUAGAGGAGGCCCUUCGUUAUUGCACCCACUUAAUCUACGGUUACGCGGCCAUCGAUGAUCAAAGUUUCAAACUGGUGCCUUUGAACGAAAACUUCGACGUUCUUAGAGACAACUACAGGUUGAUUACCGAUCUCAAGAGGAGGCAUCCCAAGUUAAAGGUCCUGCUGUCGGUCGGUGGCAACGACGACGUUAGUGGAAUAGAUGGAGAACUGAACGAGAAAUACAGAACAAUCUUGGAGUCUACUGUUCAUCGUUUGGCCUUUGUCAAUUCUGCAUACACCUUGCUGAAAGAAUACAAUUUCGAUGGAUUGGAUUUAGCUUGGGAAUUCCCUGAAACUAAACCCAAAAAAGUCAAGACUGGACUUAAAAAAGCGUGGAGCAGCUUUAAAUCGGUGUUCACUGGCGAAAAAGUUAUCGAUUCAAACGCUGCACAACACAGAGAACAAUUCACAUCGCUAGUGAAGGAGCUGAAAGUUGCUUUCAGACCGGACAAUUUGCUACUUUCCCUUACAGUUUUACCUAAUAUUAACAGCACAGUAUAUUACGACCCCAAACGCCUUUCUCCCCAUUUGGACUUCAUCGCCCUGCACGCCUUCGAUUUCUACACACCACAACGUAACGGCCACCUGGCUGAUUUCCCUUCGCCCAUUUACGAACUUAUCGAUAGAAGAGAGGACGAAAACGUCGAUUACUGGGUGAAAUAUUGGUUAAACGGUGCCCCGGCCAAUAAAAUAGUUCUGGGCAUCCCGACUUACGGAAGAACGUGGGCUUUGCAAGGCGAAUCCAAAUUCGACGAAUUCCCCAUCACCGAUUUGGAGGGACCCGGGGAACCCGGCCCGUUGACUAAAGAAGCCGGGCUGUUGAGCUACCCGGAAAUUUGCACCAAAGUCACCACGAGGACCGUCAUUCCCGGAGGUUUGACUAAAAUUCCCGACGCCAGCAAGAGACAAGGAGUAUACGCUUACCGUUAUCCCGAUAAUAACGAAAAGGGCGGAAUUUGGGUAGGCUACGAAGAGCCGGAAACGGCCGCCACUAAAGCGCAAUACGUGAAGAAUAAAGGUCUAGGUGGAAUCGCAAUAGACGAUUUGACUUUGGACGAUUUCCGGGGAGUCUGCAAUAACAAUAAAUUCGCAAUUUUGAAGGCUGCUGUAGCCGCUUUGUAAACGUAGUUUGUUCAAUAGAUAUUAUUCCAUAAAUAGUUAUUAUAUUUAAGUAAUCAAUCCACCAUAGUCUUUCUCCAUAAGCUUUCAAUGCAAGUCUUUACA